UCUAACCAAGUGGAAAGUUCUGUCAGAGGCAUGUUCAGCACCUUUGAAACCACAACCGCCCUUCCUCUUUUACACCAAUGACACCAUUUUUUUUUUGUUUAUUAACGUAACAGUACACCACCUUUUAUUUAGAAGCCCUUUACUGCAUCUGAAGAGCAGCUGCUGUCUUUAUCUUCAUCAUCAAUAACUGCUGAGGAACAAUAGAUCAUCAUGAGGACCAUUCACAUCCUUUUGCUCUGCAUCCUGGGAGCCGCUUUGUUGUCUACGGUUGACUGCAACAAUGCAAAUGGUCCCGACAAGUGCUGCUUUGAGUUCUAUCCAAGAAGCAUUAACAAAAAACUCAUCAGAUCAUAUACUGUGAGUGAUCGCCGGUGCGCAAAGGCUGCAGUCAUCUUGGUUACCAAAAGGUCUCGUCAAGUCUGUGCGGAUCCGUCUCUCUCCUGGGUCAAGAGCAUCGUGAAAACUCUGGACAAGAACUCUUUUUAAAGCAGCAGCCUGCUCAUUCUUAUAUCUUGUUCUGCUUCAUCAGUUAAGAUCACAUAAAAUGCACACAAAUGUGUCUUCAUGAUAGUAAUAAGCGCUAAAUAACUCUUCCAACUGCUUCAAAGUUUAGCUUUUAAGUGAUUGUGAGCCUGAAAUAAUCCACAGUCAUGUCCUUUGAUUGUGUAAUGUCUCUCUGAUGCUUUGUAUUAUGUAUUUUAUCCACCUGAAUAAACAUCACACAAAUACAACAAAGA